AUGCUACCAAUUUAUAAAGUAGUGUGGCAUCAGAAUCUACAAAGCUAUCCUUUGACACGACUUUUGAACUGCGAAGUGUCAGUCACGUACCGACGGGGGCUACCAGUUAUAACUGUACCACUGCCGUCGCGACGCGAACGCUGUCGGUUUACCUUGCGUCCAGUGUCGCAAACCGUCGGCGACCUGCUCGAACAGGUGAAGGCUGAAGACCGCGGCGUAGAGCGUGCAGUGGCUCUAGCGGCGGACGAACGCGUGCGGAUUGCGGCCAGUGACACGGUCGAGUCGCUACUCGAAAAUGAUUUCCGACUGCUCAUCAAUGAUACUGAAUAUUACGUUAAGAGUCCACCGCAGGAACGUUUAAGCACUGAAGAGAUCACCCGUUUAAGCGACGUACGCAACUUGGUCAACCAGCUGUACGAAGCAUUGAACGUUAGGGAGCAUCAGAUACGCAAGGAGCGUGAACUGAGAGCACAAUUGGAGAAGCUUUCCACUGAACUGCAGCCACUUGAAGAGAAACGUAUAGCCCUCGAGGCUGAAACUACUCGUCGUACAUCCGCCCUUACUUGGAUCGGCCUAGGUCUAAUGGGCGUGCAGUUCGGGGUACUCGCCAGGCUCACUUGGUGGGAGUACUCUUGGGAUAUCAUGGAGCCUGUCACGUACUUUGUUACUUAUGGCACUGCUAUGGCUGCGUAUGCAUACUUUGUGCUUACUAAACAGGAAUAUAUACUGCCAGAUGUAAAGGAUAGGCAACAUUUAAUCAUGUUACACAAGAAGGCGAAAAAGAUUGGGCUCGACAUCAAUCAGUACAAUAAUUUAAAAGACGAGGUAGACAAAUUACAAAAAGACUUGGCCCGCCUUCGCGAUCCACUGCACAUACACUUGCCACCUAACAUCAAUAAAAUCGACGACGUUAAACGCUCACCCUUGACCAAAAUUAAGGACAUGCUAGAGGAGACUACCAAAAAGAUGAAAAUAACG